GCCGCCGGCCGCCGGGGCUCGGGAGCGCGCAGCCAGCCCCGGAGCGCACAGGAGCCCUAACGGCCACAGCCACCGCGGCCGGCUGUGUGCGUGGCGCUUCCCAGUUUUGCAAAGCACUCCCCUUUACUCUUGCAUCUGUGCCCUGCGAGUGUCCCGAUGCAUCGAUGAGGAAACUGAGGCCCGGGCGCCUGUUUUUCUCAUCCCACUAGGCCUCAUUCCUUGCGAAGAGGGCUGUUGUAUUCCUCUUCCUUUCCCGAGUCUAGCAGAGUGCUGGGCGCGGAGAGGGCGCUCGUGAAUGUCCGUCCAGGGCCCCACGGGGAGCCACGGCAAAACCCUGGCUUAUCCUCAGGCCUUGGGUGCCCAUCCGUGUGCUCCUCGGUGUAGUAAGAGCUAGAAAGGGCCAGGGCCCUAGGGCAGGGUUAUACAGGGGAGGGUCAUAUUUGAAAACCCAGACUCUAGCGUGAGCACUGACCACAAGCAGUAUGUAAACCACGAUGGAGGCCGAGAUACACUGUCACACAUGCUGACACGACUCCGUGCAGGACACAGGGAUGAGGUGCUACUGAUCCAGGAGGCCAAGAGAGAGUGCCGGGGGUCGUGGUACCUGCCCGCAGGGAGAAUGGAGCCUGGUGAGACCAUCGUGGAGGCGCUGCAGCGGGAGGUGAAGGAGGAGGCCGGGCUGCACUGCGAGCCCUUGACGCUGCUGUCUGUGGAGGAGCGGGGCCCCUCCUGGAUCCGCUUCUCGUUCCUCGCUCACCCCACAGGUGGAAUUCUCAAGACUCCCAAGGAGGCAGAUGCGGAGUCCCUGCAGGCUGCCUGGUACCCUCGGGCCUCCCUGCCCACACCGCUGCGGGCCCAGGACAUCCUGCACUUGAUCGAGCUGGCUGCCCAGUACCGCCAUCGAGCCAGGCACCCCUUCAUUCUGCCCCAGGAGCUUCCCUGCAGUGUGGUCUGCCAGCGGCUUGUGGCCACCUUUACCAGCGUGCAGACGGUGUGGGUGUUGGUGGGCACCGUGGGCAUGCCUCACUUGCCUGUCACCGCCUGUGGUCUCACCCCCAUGGAGCAGAGGGGCGGCAUCAAGAUGGCUGUCCUGCGCCUGUUGCAGGAGUGUCUGACCCUGCACCACUUGGCAGUGGAGACCAAGGGAUUGCUGGGACUGCAGCACCUGGGCAGAGACCGUACAGAUGGCAUUUGUCUGAAUGUGCUGGUGACCGUGGCUUUUCGGAACCCAGGUAUCCAGGAUGAGCCCCCAAAGGUCCGGGGUGAGAACUUCUCUUGGUGGAAGGUGGUGGAGGAAGACCUCCAAAGCCAGCUCCUACAGCGGCUUCAGGAAUCCUCCGUUGUCCCAGUGAACAGAUAGGAAGGUGGCAGCAGGAGCCGGGAGCUGGGCAGCCAUGCUUCCCUUUGAGGGAGGCAGGAGGCUGGUGAUCUUGGACCUUGUUGCCUUGGGAAUGGGGGUUCUGCAGAGCAGACCCCUACGUUGCACCACAAGGGACUGUGCCUUUAACUGAGCGAGUCCAAAGCACAGGCCUGAUUGCCGUGGGGACACACUGAGUCUUCUCACUAAGGGGAUGAGGAUGGGGAGUUCUCUGAACCCCAGAUGUCAUCUGCUUAUCUCUUUCUGUGCCCACCUUGGUAAAGGCGUAUGUCCUGGUCUUGCCAGGCACUUAGAACCUGGAGGGCACCUUGCUGAGUAAAUAGGUGUUGCUCACCUUGCCUUUCCUGCCUAAAUGUCUCUGUGGGGAGGAAGCUGGGGGGGGGGCAGGCCCUUCAGCCACCAACAGCCAGCCAGGCCUGUCCCAGACAGAGUGGCAGGGCCAGCCUGCUGGGGCUGGGGCUGUCUCUACCUCGCCUGUGGGGCGGGGCAUGACUGUGAGGGACCACAUAGCUCUGAAUGCUCCAACAUGGGGCAGUGGGGACCCCCGGGGAGCUUCAGGUGGGACAGGAGGUGGGGACACCGGCCCACUCCUGUCUCCCUGGGCCUCCCUGGCUCUGACCACCCCUGCACCUCUGCCUUUUCACAGCCUCAGCCUAAGCCCAACCAAACCUUUUCUUCAUUUCCCUUCAGCCCAGCUGAGUCAUAGCAGGAUGUUUUUGUAUUAAUAAUAAAAGAACUUCACUACAA